AUGACAGAUUCCAGCCUCAAUAGUCAUGCCGGCCUGUUGGAUGCCUCCACGCACAGCCUCAGGCUCCCUGCCCCACUGCCCUCUGGGGGCUCCGCCUUACUGUCCUCACCCUCUCUUCCCUGCAGUGACUUUGAGUACACCCUGGGCUCCCCCAAAGCCAUCCACAUCAAGUCAGGGGAGUCGCCUAUGGCCUACCUCAACAAAGGCCAGUUCUAUCCCAUCACCCUGCGGACCCCAGCAGGCGGCAAAGGCCUUGCCUUGUCCUCCAACAAAGUCAAGAGUGUGGUGAUGGUGGUCUUUGACAAUGAGAAAGUCCCGGUGGAACAGCUACGCUUCUGGAAGCACUGGCAUUCCCGGCAACCCACUGCCAAGCAGCGUGUCAUCGAUGUGGCCGACUGCAAAGAAAACUUCAACACCGUGCAGCACAUCGAGGAGGUGGCCUAUAAUGCAUUGUCCUUCGUGUGGAAUGUCAACGAGGAGGCCAAGGUGUUCAUCGGCGUCAACUGCCUCAGCACAGACUUCUCCUCGCAGAAGGGGGUGAAGGGCGUCCCCCUGAACCUGCAGAUCGACACCUACGACUGUGGCUCGGGUGCUGAGCGCCUGGUGCACCGCGCCGUCUGCCAGAUCAAGAUCUUCUGUGACAAGGGAGCAGAAAGGAAAAUGCGGGAUGAUGAACGAAAGCAGUUCCGGAGGAAGGUCAAGUGCCCCGACUCCAGCAACAGUGGUAUGAAGGGCUGCCUGCUGUCUGGCUUCAGGGGCAAUGAGACCACCUACUUGCGGCCUGAGGCUGACCUGGAGACCCCACCGGUGCUGUUCAUCCCUAAUGUGCACUUCUCCAGCCUGCAGCGUCCCGGAGGGGCAGUGCCCUCGGCAGGUCAGAGCAGCUCCAACAGGCUGCCUCUGAAGCGCUCCUGCUCACCCUUCGCUGAGGAGUUUGAGUCUCUGCCCUCCAAAAAGGCCAAGGAAGACGAUCUUCAGAGAGUUCUGUUGUAUGUGCGGAGGGAGACGGAGGAGGUGUUUGAUGCCCUCAUGUUGAAGACGCCAGACCUGAAGGGGCUGAGGAAUGCGAUCUCUGAGAAGUAUGGGUUCCCUGAAGAGAACAUUUACAAAGUCUACAAGAAAUGUAAGCGGGGAAUCUUGGUCAACAUGGACAACAACAUCAUCCAGCACUACAGCAACCACGUCGCCUUCCUGCUGGACAUGGGGGAGCUUGAUGGCAAGAUUCAGAUCAUCCUGAAGGAGCUGUGAGGCCCAAGCAUCCACACCCUCAGACCCCGUGGGGUGGCUCCAGGCAAGGAGCCCCCUGGGGAGUGGCCCAUGCCGCACACAACCUCUCCUCAUGCCCCAGUGCUGUUACUUGAAUGCCCUCCCUGAGAAAAACACAUCACAGACCCACAGAUGUCAAGGUCAGGAAGGGACCCAGGAGGUGUCCUGACCUGAACCCCAUCUCAUGCUUGAAUCUACCCUGGACUUCCUGCCAGCCCCCGCCCAGCCAGAAAGAGUGUCGUCCUGCUUAACGUUCCCAUAGCCUGUCUCCUUCUCGGAAGACCCUGCUUUCAGUCCAUCGCCUGGUUGGCCGUUCAGAUGGUGCCAGUGGACCCUCUGACUCCCAAAGCUGACUCGACUCCUGUCCGGCCUGCAUUCUUGAUUCUUCCAUCAACUUCAGACUGAGGAUCCCUUACCCUUUGGUCAAUUAACUUGAAAACUCUUUUGAUUUUCAAUGCAAACAACUUUUAAAUGUUACCAUGGUGGAAACACUCUCUUUCUCCCGGAUUUCCUUGAUACAAGUUGUAAAUAAUAGAGCUGAUUCAUUGGAGUGGCUGCUGUAUAAAAUAACUUCCAUGCCUGUUCACUGAUGUACACAUUUCUUAUUUACAAUUUUCAUUUAUGUUAUAUAUAUAUAUAAGUAUAUAUUGUAUAUAUAUGCAACAUUUUAUAUUUUUCAUGGAUGCAUUUUUAUCAUUUCAAAAAAUGUGUAUUUCACAUUCUUGGACUAUUUUUUUUAGCUGUUAUUCAAUUAUGCAUUUUGUAUACUCACGUGGUAUUUAGUAAUAAAAUUCUACCUAUGUAUUACUU